CCCCCCCCCCUCCAGGGAAGUGGCACCUGGGUCUGAACUGUCACUCCUCCUCCGACCACUGCCACCACCCACUGAGUCACGGGUUCCAGCACUUCCUGGGCAUGCCGCUGGGCAUGAUGGCGGACUGCACAGGGGCAGAGCCUUCGGAGAAGCGUGUGACUCUGCAGCACCGCCUGCACCUUUGGGGCCAAGUAUCCGCGCUAGCUGCGCUCACCCUGGCCGCUGGGAGACUCACCCGGCUCCUGCGGACACCACGGUGGAUGCUGGUCCUCGGCCUGGCUGCUGUGGCCACCAUGUUCCUUGCUGCAUCGCGUCACGUAGGUGACCUCAUCAUCUACGCAGAUUGCUUCCUCCUGAGGAACCACAAUGUGAUCCAGCAGCCCCUGUGCCUUGAGCGGGUUACAGGCCUCAUGCUCCGGGAGGCGGAGACCUUUCUGCAGAGCCACAAGCAACACCCCUUCCUGCUGUUCAUGUCUUUCCUGCACGUGCAUGUGCCCCUCGUGACCACUGCGGACUUCCGGGGGCGAAGCAAGCACGGGCCAUACGGGGACAAUGUGGAGGAGCUGGACUGGAUGGUGGGGCGGGUCCUGGACGCGCUGGACCGCGAAGGACUGACCGACAACACGCUUGUGUACUUCGCCGUCUGACCAUGGCGGUUCACUGGAGUCUUGUGUGGGUCACGUGCAGCUCGGGGGCUGGAACGGGAUGUA